CUUCCGACUGGAGCCGGAAGUUAAGAGACUGGGCUAGGCGCGCGCGAGGGGCUGGCGCGCUGACCGCCGGCACGAUCCUCGGGCAGGACUCAUAUUUUGGCUACAUUAUAAUGAGUGACACUGGGACAUCAGAUGUCAUUGGGCGAAGAGUUGAAGUUAAUGGAGAACUUGCAACAGUGCGUUUUUCUGGCAUUGUCCCUCCUGUGGCAGGACUCUGGUUAGGAGUAGAAUGGGACAACCCCGAGAGAGGAAAACAUGAUGGGAGCCAUGAAGGGACUGUGUAUUUUAAAUGCAGGCACCCAACAGGAGGCUCUUUUAUUCGUCCAAACAAGGUGAAUUUUGGAAUAGACUUUCUUACUGCAAUUAAGAACCGCUAUAUGUUAGAAGAUGGACCAGAAGAAGAUGGAAAAGAGCAAGUUGUUGUAAUUGGAAAUAAACCUGUGGAAACUAUUGGUUUUGACUCUGUUAUAAAACAGCAAAGUCAGCUGAGCAAGUUGCAAGACAUUUCUCUGAGAAGCUGUGCAGUAAGUUGUGCUGGUGACAAAGGAGGAAUCGCCAAAGCAUGUCCUAAUAUUAGGAAAAUAGAUUUGUCAAAAAACUUGCUGUCGUCGUGGGAAGAAGUAAUAUGCAUUGCUGACCAACUCCAGCACCUGGAAGUUCUCAAUCUCAGUGAAAAUAAACUCAAAUUCCCUUCGGUUUCACCACCUCUAAUGGGAACAUUCUCUUCGCUGAAGGUUUUAGUCCUUAAUCGAACAGGGAUAACAUGGGCUGAGGUGCUCCAGUGUGCCUCUGCGUGGCCCGUGCUCGAGGAGCUCUACCUGGAGUCUGACAGUAUUUGCAUUUCAGAAAGGCCUACAGAUGUUCUACAGAUGGUCAAGUUAUUAGACCUUUCCUCUAAUCAAUCAAUUGAUGAGAAUCAGCUGUUUCUGAUAGCGUAUCUGCCCAGAUUAGAACAACUGAUCCUUUCUAACACUGGAAUUUCUUCCAUCCAUUUUCCGGAUGCUGAAAUUGGGUGCAAAACAUCUAUGUUCCCGUCGUUGCAGUACCUUGUAGUAAACGACAACCAGAUAUCCCAAUGGUCGUUUAUCAAUGAGCUCGAUAAGUUACAGAGGCUGCAGGCCUUGUCCUGCCUGAGGAACCCCCUGACGGCCGCAAGCCCAGGCAGCAAAGAAGCGCAGACCACACGGCAGCUCAUCAUCGCCAAGAUCGGUCAGCUGAAGACCCUGAACAAAUGCGAGGUCCUGCCGGAGGAGAGGCGUGGAGCCGAGCUCGACUACCGGAAAGCUUUCGGAAAUGACUGGAAGAAGGCUGGCGGGCAUCAGGAUCUGGACAAAAACAGGCCCAGUGAAGACUUCCUCGCAGCGCACCCCAGAUUCCAGUUACUCUGCCUCAAAUAUGGUGCACCAGAGGAUGCGGAAUUCCAGAUCCAACAACCAUUUAUGCUCAAAAACCAGCUGCUAACACUGAAGAUAAAAUAUCUUAAUGAAACGGAUCAGAAAGUCCUGGAGAAACAACUGCCAGACUCCAUGACAGUUCAAAAGGUGAAAGGACUGCUGUCACGUCUUCUCAAAGUUCCUGUGUCAGAACUUCAGCUGUCCUAUGAAAGUCCCAAAAUGCCGGGCAGAGAAAUUAUACUAGAAAAUGACCUACAGUCAUUGCAGUUUUAUUCUGUGGAAAGUGGAGAUUGUCUAUUAGUGCGAUGGUAACACCAGCAAAUACAAUUUAGAGACUAAACUGUGUAUCAUGACCAGGGUUCACUGGAAAUAAAUGAUUCAGGUAAAACAAAGGAUGUAUUUUUUGUUGGGAGGAAACUAUCUCUAGGGCUUGUAUAUAAUAGCAUAAUAAAGGUUUUCU